AUGACAGAAACUUACACUCUGUUCGCUUUCCCUUUAGUUCUGGCAAGACGUUUAAUAUGUGGGCUUCCCCAUAGCUAUGUUCCACGUUUUCUUGACCCUAAAAGACGACUACGCUUAGAUGGCGUUGGAAUUGUCGUGGGGAAGAAUCCCGACGUGAGGUGGAUAAGGGAGGAUGUUGAGUUAUGUGGUUUUCUCCGCACUCUUGGAGUGUUGAUGGAUGGUGUAUCUGUCACGCCUCCGAAUGCGGUCGAGAUGUUGGGUGCAAACGGAAAUCGCCUAAUACCUAAGCUAGAAGACAGAUUUUCCGAUAGUCGCCUUGGAGCAGACUUGGGUAUGAGGUUAUUUACCCCUCCCUUCCCAUUUUGCUGUUCUUCUCUCACCCUCCUGCUCACUCUAAUCCUCUUGAUAGCUCUUUUCGGCAGAAGUUGCGAAAACGUAAGGACAAUAGAAAAGGCUGGGCUCUUUUCCUCGUCUUCAACCCCUCUCUUUGUCCUUAUCAGUGAAUUCUCGCCUUUUACGGCCAUAUCGGACCUCCUUAGAUAUUUGAAUGCCCAAUCAAAGGUCGCUUUUUCAUCUACGCUCCAUGCAAUGCCUUUGAACGCUCUCGCAACACUCUAUUGCUAUGCAUCUGAACGAAUCGCUUGUGGGUUUUCCGUCUUCUGUGAUGACUUCCGCAACAUGACUUCCGUAUUCUUCAUGGUCACCAACGAGUCUCAGCCCCUUCAAUAUUAUUCCCAGGUCUUUUCGACAACAUCUUCAAAUCUAAAUUGCCUGCGGAGCCCAACUAAUAUAUACGUUGGGAAAGACUUCCUCCUCACUAUCGCCUUGCGGCGUUGGGGGCGUUGGGAAUCUCUACAUUACGAUAUCAUGCCUAGAUUCAGACUAAGUAUACAAGAGGGUCGUUACGAAUUGGAUUUUCAGAAUAUGUUCCAAUUCCUAGUCGAGUGUAUCCUGCAAACACCCUGCGACGCUCUUCUUCAAUAUCCUGAGCCUAGCUGUUUGACCCUCCAUGGAUCUUCCACCCCCUCUUUAAGCAAUGCGGACUCCAACCAGGUCAAAAUUGCUCUUCUCUAUUUCCCCUUCACUUUAAAGAGACCCUUUCCCUCCUCCCUCCUCUCCAUCCUCGCAGAUGUUUUUCACGCGGUUCGCCAGAGUCUAGUAAUGUGUAGCAUUGCGGUGCGUAGCGAAGCUAUUAAUGAGCAUGAUAUUGGCCGAAAGAUCUGUCGUCAUGCACGCCUCUGUCUCGUUAGUCACAAUGUGUGA